GGGACCAAAAUGAAUCAGAGCAGAAGGCACUGAUAACCUAGAAUUUACAAGCUUUCUCUUUCUUGUAAUAGAACAUUUAUCCUGUAAAUACAGUAAAGUAUUAUGAGUAUGGACACACGCUUCCUCGAGAAUUAUUCAACUCGAAUAAACCGGCGUUGGCGACGAUCGAGACGUCUGCGCAGAACUUGUUGAGCAGUAAAAUGGUUGGGAUACGCUGGCCAGCUUAGACAGCACUAAGGAAGAGGGAGAAAGAAAAACGUACAGGAUUUUAGUUUUUAUAUUUCACAUAAACAUGAGCGAGCAGAGUCAAGUCGAUAACGAUGUAAAUCUUUAUUUUGUUGUGUCAAGCAAAUACAAAACUGAAGAUGAUUGUAAUGAAGACAUGUGGCAGGCAUAUAAUAAUUGCUGUGAGCAUAACCUGCAACCGAUAUGGGUUACUGAAAAGAAAUGUAAUAAAAUGGAGCCUGCUAAAAAUGAUGUCUUUGUAAUGGAGGAAUUUAAGGGUAGUGCAUUUGAGAGAUUGAAGACAUUUAAAUGUCCGCUGGUUGGACCUAAAUGCUUGCUAAUCUGCUUUGUCAAUGGUCAACCAAUUCCAGAAGGUACAAGUCCAGUGUAUACAACAGCUAUGAGAGGACUUUGUGUGUGUGCAUCGGGUUUGACACCGCAAGAAAAAGAACACGUAGAAAAAUUAGUAGAAUACAUGGGUGGUAUUUUUACCAAACAAUUGCGCAGUCGUGUAACACAUCUUAUAACUGGAUCAGUGAUGUCUGCAAAGUAUGAGGCUGCUACAGAUAUGAAAAUACCAAUAGUUACUAAGGAGUGGGUAGAAGCAAUUUGGGAGGCAAAUUUAAAAACAUUUGUUCUACCAGACGAUGACAUGUUCAAUAAAUAUAAGGCUUCCGUCUUUCUUAAUUUAAUAGUGACAUCGACUAACCUCCCAAAGCGCAAAAAAGAUGAAAUCAAACUUUUAAUUAAUGAACACGGAGGGACGUUUAUGGGCCCUCUAGAUGGUGCAAAAGUUAAAGUCUUAAUUGCUCCAGAAAAUAGUCCAAUGAGUGAAAAACUGAAGUAUGCAAAGCAAGCAAAUAUAGCAUGUUUGAUACCAGAUUGGGUUUAUGAGAGUAUAAAAGUGGGCUACGCUUUACCUUUUAAAGAUUUUUUAAUUAAACCAUUGAAAGCAUAUUCUACUCCAGAGAAAUCAAAUGCAUAUGAUACAUUUAAUUGUUCUGCCAUAAGUUCCAUACCGUGCGACAUACAACCAGGGAAUUGUGUAGACGAAAGUAUGACAACGACAAUAAGCAGUUUUCUUUCAACGGAUUCUCUAUCUAGAGAUACAAACGUUAAUACAAAUGCAGUUUUGGAAAGACUAACUUUCAACGAAGCAAAAUUGUCCGGUCCAUUUUUGGACGGAUGCAAUAUUUAUCUCGCCGGAUUUGCUUCCAAUCAAAGAGACAAGCUCAAUAAGAUAUUAAAUGUAGGUAGUGCAACACGUCUAGAUGAUAUAUCGGAUGCUGUAACGCAUGUCAUCGUUGGAGAUGAAAGUAGAGCCAGCAGUGAUCUUAAAAUGUUGAAAUCAAAAGGAUUAUGUUCCCAUAUUUUAACUUCGGAAUGGCUCGAGGAAAGUAUGAAAUUAAAACGCCCCGCACCGGAAGAAAAUUAUUUGUUUGUACAAAAGCAUGGUCCAGCACAAAAAGUUCCAGAACCUCCCUCCCCGUUAAGCAAAAGAAAUUUACAGAUGUUGCAAAAACCGAAGAAAGUACCCAUACCAUCUUUCGACAUAGAUAAAAAGUUGGCAAUGUUAGAAAAAGAAAAAGACUCUGAUCUUGUGCAACAGUAUCUUCAAGAUACAGUUGUUCCAGGGAACGAUACGAGUAUACAAGAAUUCCUUAAACCGCACACGCCCGUAAAGGAUGACAAUGAAAAGACUUUAGUCUACAAUCGUAACAGCCAGAUCAAGUCAAUGAAAGGCACAGUUUCAUUCGGAGCUACAGAAAGUAAAUAUUCGGCAGAUGAUAGUGCAGUACCGAUCAGCCAAACAUCGACGUUAAAUGAUAGAUUAUUUGAAGGACUCACGUUCGUCGUGGUCGGCUUCAGCGAAGAAGAUGGUUAUGUAGCAGAAACUAUCGCAGCAAUGGGUGGUCAAGUAGUUUCAAGCAUGUUUGCCGGUAUUCCAGAUUAUGGAGUUGUACCAAAAUGUGGUGCUGUAUUGAAACAUACCGUCAACGAAAUUGUCACCGACCUGUUUAUAGAAGACUGUGUAAACCAGGAAGCAAUAGUUGACAUUGUGUACUAUCAUAGACCUUUAUCUAUAAAAAAACAUUCGAACCCAUUAUCAGGUUGUGUUAUCACAAUGAGCAUGUACACUGGUGUAGAACGAACGUUUCUUGCGACGCUAGCUACAGAACUGGGCGCAAUGUGCCAAGAUAUUUUUGUACGUAAAACCAAUCUUGAAAAGAAGACGUAUGGAAGUACCCAUUUAGUAUGCCCAACACCAGAAGGGAACAAAUACAAUGCUGCAGUGAAAUGGAAAUUGCCAGCUGUCACUGCCGACUGGUUGAAAGCUUGCGCAGCUCAAACAAAACGCGUUAACGAGACUCCGUAUCUUGUAGGCGAAACUAUAGCUCUUGAAGAACCGAACGAGAAUGGAAACAUAAGCGCAUCUAGUUCUGAUACAAAUCAAAUGGGUCCUCCAUUGGAGGUGCCAAGCAACGAUAUUAUUACUCCGAAACGACCUUUACCUAAUUUACUGAGUCAAGAGGGCAGUUCAGGAGACACUCCACUAAUAAAUAAACGACUCAGUUUGCUUAUGAAUACGACCCCACAGUCGCCGUUCCAUGUGUCGACGCCCGAAACACCAUACGGACAAGUGUUUAAACCAAAUCCAUCACCGGAUACGAGGAAAGGAUGGCUUAAGUGGAUAAACAAUUUCCCAGACUUAAGAGUGAAGGAACCUCCCUUAAAAAGAAGACCACCUAGUACUCCUCUUUCCGAAUUGAAAAGACAACUAUGGCAAAAAUUGGUAAACGAUUGCCAGGAUCGAAACGAUGAUGCGAAUGAAAUGAUGGUCACUGAUAACAAUGAACCAGCUGCAGAAACACCUGUGGAAACGAAAGAUUCCACUGAAAUGUCUCCAUCUACUCCAAUCAAUAGAAAAUUAGUGUUCCCUAACGAGAAUCCACCAGAAAAUAAUGAAAUUAAUAUGCAAAUUGCACAGUUGCAUCAAGUACUUCAAAGAACCUCGAGCACGCCUGAAAAUAGAUAUUCCCUUUCCGGAGAAAGUGCAAGCACAUAUAACACAGAGCCUUCUGAUCCCAUACAAAAAUUUAUCGUGAAAGACUCUCAACCAAUUGAUGCUAUUGUGUGGGAAGAUCCGAGUCACUCGAAACGCUUAACGUUCAAUGAGGAACAGAAUGAAAGUGUUCGUAAUCACCGCACAAUAGACGACGAAGAAGAGCUAGAUGAAGAAGAGGAAACUAUGGAGGAGCAGGCAGAAGAACCAGAGCCUCCAAAGAAAUUGAAAUUCAUGUUAUCUGGUAUAAAGGACAGAAUAACUUUUGAACAAGUAAUAAAAGAUCUCGGUGGCGAUGUAUCGGUGGAUGCUAAUUUCGAUAUGAGCGCAACGCAUUUACUUUGCAUUAGACCAUCGAGAAACGAAAAAAUGCUUGGCAGUAUCGCGUCAGGAAAGUGGAUUCUCCAUUGUAUGUAUUUGCGAGACUCUGAGCAAGAAGGAAAAUUCCUUGACGAAGAAAAAUACGAGUGGGGUAAUCCAAAAAGUAAAGGCAUUAUUCCAGACCCAACAGGAGAAGUGGAAGAGACAAUUGCCAAAGCAGCUUACAAAUGGAGGCUUCAAUUGUUGAAAGUUCCAACUGGUCCCUUUCAUAAUAUGGUAGCUCUUCUACUAGCUUCCGGAGAUAAACACGAUCAAUUUAAAAGGUUAAUCGAAGCUGGAGGCGGUAAAGUCGUUCAAGCAAGGCCACCGUAUGACACAAGUCCAACUGGGAAAAAAAUUACGCAUUGUUUCGUCAAUCUAAGACAAGUCAGUCAGCCAAUUGACUGGGCAAUGUUGGCGAGCAAAGGUAUUUUAUGCUUCAUGCCACAAUAUUUGAGCGAUUAUCUAACAGCACAAACACCGCUGAAUCCGCGAGAAUGCGUAAUACCGGAAUUCAGGAAGUAUUUAACGUUACUGCCGAAGUGAAAAAGUAAAAAAAGAAAAUCUUUUUGAUAAGAUUUUGUACGAUAAUAACUGAAUUGCUAGGUUGUGUAAAUAAAUGGAAUUAUAUUUCUCAUGUCUUAUAAAUUGCCUGUUUAUUAGCCUAAAGUUAUGUACUGUGGCUUAUAAUACAAUAAGUAUUUGAAAGA